GAAAUGUGGGUUUUCUAAUCAUUUCCUCUACACAGAUUCCUCCGCCAGAAAUUGUAUUGCUAAGUCUUCACUUCCGGGUCCGCCAUUUUGUUACCUCCAUUUCUCCACGAGGGGGGGUUAAAGGCCCCCAAAAUAUGCAUAUAUGAAAAGGCCAAAAAGUAACCGCCACUGACAGGGAGUCUUAACUAGUGAAGGAAACGGGACCAAACUGGCGGGCUCGGUGAAAGCGCAGCCGGCAGCGUCCCGGACGAGGAGCUUCCUGAAAACUUUUGUCCCUAUGCAUGAAGAUGUCUUUGGUGGACUUGGGGAAGAGGUUGCUAGAAGCAGCAAGAAAAGGCCAAGAUGAUGAAGUGAGAACAUUGAUGGCAAAUGGUGCUCCAUUCACCACAGAUUGGCUUGGAACAUCACCCCUCCACCUUGCAGCCCAGUAUGGUCAUUAUUCCACAGCAGAAGUGCUCCUUCGAGCAGGCGUUAGCAGGGAUGCCCGGACCAAAGUGGACAGGACCCCCUUGCACAUGGCUGCAGCUGAUGGACAUGCGCACAUCGUGGAACUGCUUGUUAGGAAUGGUGCAGAUGUGAAUGCCAAGGACAUGCUGAAGAUGACAGCUUUGCAUUGGGCCACAGAGCACCACCAUCGAGAUGUUGUAGAGCUACUUGUCAAAUAUGGAGCUGAUGUCCAUGCUUUCAGCAAGUUUGAUAAAUCUGCCUUUGACAUAGCCCUGGAGAAGAACAAUGCUGAGAUUCUGGUCAUCCUUCAGGAAGCAAUGCAGAAUCAGGUUAAUGCUAAUCCCCAGACAGCCAACUCUGUGACUAUGGCUGCCCCAUUCAUCUUUACGUCAGGAGAAGUUGUCAACCUCGCUAGCCUUGUUUCUUCAACCAACACCAAAACAACCUCAGGUGACCCCCAUGCCUCCUCAACAGUACGCUUCUCAAGUUCUACCACCUCAGUGCUGGCCACCCUUGCAGCUCUUGCUGAGGCAUCAGCCCCCCUCUCCAACUCACACAGAGCCACAGCUAAUUCAGAGGAAAUCAUAGAGGGAAAUUCUAUUGAUUCAUCAAUCCAGCAAGUGGUGGGGAGUGGAGGCCAGAGGGUCAUCACCAUAGUGACCGAUGGAGUCCCUCUGGGUAAUAUCCAAACUGCCAUCCCUACUGGAGGCAUCGGGCAGCCAUUUAUUGUAACUAUGCAAGAUGGACAGCAAGUUCUAACUGUACCUGCUGGUCAGGUUGCAGAGGAGACUGUAAUUGAAGAAGAAGAGGAAGAAGAAGCAGAAAAGUUGCCACUGACUAAGAAACCAAGGAUAGAAGAGAUGACAAACAGUGUAAAGGAAAGCAAGGAAGGGAUUGAAAGAGAGCUACUACAGCAGCAGCUUCAGGAGGCCAAUCGAAGAGCACAGGAAUACCGACACCAGCUCCUAAAGAAAGAGCAGGAGGCAGAACAGUACCGCCUGAAGCUUGAGGCCAUGGCCCGACAGCAGCCCAAUGGAGUUGAUUUCACCAUGGUUGAAGAGGUGGCUGAGGUAGAUGCUGUAGUAGUCACAGAGGGGGAGAUGGAAGAAAGAGAGACGGAAGUGACUGGGGCAGGAGGGACCACACAGCCUCAUGCUGGAGUUUCCAUGGAAACUGUUUCAUCUUAACAUGCAAGGGCCACAACUUGUACUAGGUCCAUCUUUUUCCUCUUUUUAAAAGAAAAUACAGAGGACAAACGUUGUAUAAAAAUUAAGAAUGUCCUUAAGAAGAAAACUAUAGCAGGGUACAAUUCUUGGGCUCAGGAAGGCUCUCUGUGUAACUGGAAAAUUCAAAACUACUUCUGAGGGACCAAAAGAAUGAGAACCAAAUUUCUCAGUUCACAGCAUUGCUUUAAGCAUAGAGGUAAAAGAAUGCUGGAUGUUGUGGGUUGAUUGUUUUUUAAAUAACUGACUUUGUAUCAAAAGAUUUUAAGAUGACUUUCCUAAUAUGGACACACCGAGAGCCUUUAAUAAUUGUACCAUCAGGUGACCUGAAAAUUUGUCUUAGAUUUAUGAUGUGUACCUUUUAGAGAAGAAAAUUAAUUGGGAGGGAGGUUAGAAGCAAGCCUUGGGGAAGAGAAAGGAAUGAAUAUAUUCCGCUUCCAAGAGAGUAGGCACUCCCCACUAUGCUGAGUUAAUUUCACUGAAAAGAAUUUUGUGAUUGCCUGACUAAAUUUGCAUCCAUUGUGUGUCCAUAGCUCAGAUGCCAGUUUAAGAAACUGAAAUAGAAUUUUUAAAAACUGGAAAGAAAACUUGUUUAUGUAGGAGAAGUGUAUAUAAAUCCAAAAUCCUCCAGGCUGUGCUUCCACAAUGCUGGAAAGUGGCCAAAAAGAUGCUUGUGGGGUUAUAAAACAAUCUGGUCUCAAGAUACAAACUAUGCUCUGGCUGAGUUUUAUAAAAUCGCAAUCAGGAGGGUAGUCUGUUGUUAGAACAACUUGCUUCCAAACAUUUAUGUAUGUAAUAUCAAGCUUUCAUAUCAACUUUUUAAUUUUAUGAAAUUUUGUUGAGUGUUCUAAGUGUGCCUUUCUGUGGAGCUUACAUGGUAUCCUCUUAUAUGCAAAAAAAAAGAAGUGAGGGAGAGAUGAAUGCUGAGGAUGUUGUGUGGUUUUGUUUCCAUUUGAUUUGGGGUGAGUAAAUUGCUCUGUUUCCUUAAGGUCAAGCCUUGUGCAGAGCUUUUGUGCCUUAUAGGUGCUCAGUGUGUGUUGGGAAAGGGAGUAAGAACUAUCAGUGCCAUAAAGUAAGGAACCAAAGAUUCUCGCCAGAUACUUCACCUGUCUUAAUCCCUUCUCUCCCACUAUGCCUGCUCCCUUUGCCUAGAUACUUUUGGAAAGUGUUUCAUUGCUGGGUAUUCUUUGUGUGCCAGCUUGGAGUUUUUUCAAAAGGAAGGGAAUAUGGAUGGAGAGAGGUUGUGGAGA